AUGUGUCCAUUUACGAAACAAAAUCUGAGUGAAGAAGAGAAAAGACAGAUUUCAGAGUACUUACUUACCCAACAGAAGCCAAAUGGUAACACGCGUACAGGAGCCGUCAAAGAGUUAGCCAUCAAGUAUUGCUGCACCAGAAAUACCAUUCAAAGGGUCUGGAAAGUGGCCAAGGAGAGUAAGAAACAGGGAAAGAGCUUGAAUGUGAAGUCCAACAGAGAUAAGUGUGGAAGGCAAAAGUUGAUCCCUGAUCUUGAAAAGCUAAAAAGAACCCCAUGCCACAAAAAGCAAAACAUCAGAGCCGUAGCAUUUGUCUUGCAAUGCUCUAUUUGCGCUGUUCAACGGUUGAUAAAGGAAAAAAUUAUCAAACCACACAACAAUUCAAUCAAACCAUCACUGACAGAUCACAACAAAAUAACGAGAUUGCAUUGGUGCUUGCAAGCAAUUGACGCUAAUAGCAUUGAUGAAAGCCCAUGCUUUGAAGACAUGUACAACACUAUUCAUAUAGAUGAAAAGUGGUUUUACAUGACAAAAGGAAAGCAGAGAUACUACUUACUUGCAGGUGAAAAGAGACCAUGUCGACACUGCAAAAGUAAAAGAUUCUUUGCAAAGGUCAUGUUCCUUGCUGCAGUUGCAAGGCCUCGCUUUAAUGAUGCUGGGGAAUGCACUUUUGAUGGGAAAUUAGGAAUUUUCCCAUUUGUUAAAUGGGUACCAGCAAAGAGAAGAAGCAAGAACAGACCGGCAUGA